CAAAUAAUGAUGGUGGCCUCAUUUAAGUUACGGGGGCCACGCAGGAGCGGAAAAUGAUUCGAGCCAGCCACCAGCAGCAGACGACUAUGUUGCUCCUCCUAAUUGCGAUCUCUUUACUACACGCGGUAUCAUCACGUCAAUUUGCGCAAAAGUUGUGUCAAGUAAGUGAGGACUGCGAUUGGAAUCAGUGUUGUAUAGAAAGCCAAACACGAAUUCCAGGAUUUAAUGGAAUAUGCAGCAAUCCAGUCGAAGAAGGAGAGAUUUGUGAUCCAGAUUUAGAGAAAACGAUAGAUGGCCGAUAUAUUGAUACAUGCCCUUGUGAUAGUGGAUUGGUGUGUCAACUUUUUGAAAGCCAAGGAGAGACUGUUUAUACUUGUCAGUAGAAGCUGCUUGGAUCUAACACUUUAUUCACUUUGUCAUUUCCUGUAAGAUACUCAUUACCGUUGAUUAUCAAUAAAUUA